AUGUCUCACUAUAAAUAGCUCGAAAUUCAUCUUAGUUUCAACCAACUAACCUUCUUCUCAUCAAUCAUCAUGGCUACUAGCUCAUGUAAACAUACUACUACUCAAAUGGCUGCUAUCAUGCUUCUCGGAUUACUUUUUGCCAGCAGCAUUGACAUAGCAGGGGCUCAAUCGAUAGGUGUUUGCUAUGGAAUGAUGGGGAACAACUUGCCAAAUCAUCAGGAAGUUAUACAGCUCUACAAGUCAAGAAACAUAGGAAGACUGAGGCUUUAUGAUCCAAAUCAUGGAGCUUUACAAGCCUUAAAAGGAUCCAACAUUGAAGUUAUCCUAGGACUUCCCAAUUCAGAUGUCAAACACAUUGCUUCCGGCAUAGAACAUGCAAAAUGGUGGGUACAAAAGAACGUUAAAGAUUUCUGGCCAGAUGUUAAAAUUAAGUACAUUGCUGUUGGGAAUGAAAUCAGCCCCGUCACAGGCACAUCAUACCUUACCUCAUUUCUUAUUCCUGCUAUGGUAAACAUUUAUAGAGCAGUUGGGGAAGCUGGUCUGGGAAACAACGUCAAAGUCUCAACAUCAGUAGACAUGACCUUGAUAGGCAACUCUUAUCCACCAUCACAGGGUUCGUUUAGGAACGAUGCUAGGUGGUUUACUGAUCCAAUUGUUGGAUUCUUAAGGGACACGCGCGCUCCUUUGCUCGUUAACAUUUACCCUUAUUUUAGCUAUUCUGGUAAUCCAGGACAGAUUUCUCUUCCCUAUGCUCUUUUUACAGCACCUAAUGUGGUUGUACAAGAUGGUUCACGCCAAUAUAGAAACUUAUUUGAUGCUAUGUUGGAUUCCGUGUAUGCUGCAAUGGAUCGAUCAGGAGGGGGUUCUGUAGGAAUUGUUGUGUCAGAGAGUGGAUGGCCAUCUGCUGGUGCAUUUGGAGCCACAACAGACAAUGCAGCAACUUACUUGAGGAACUUAAUUCAGCAUGCAAAAGAGGGUAGUCCAAGAAAGCCUGGACCCAUUGAGACUUACAUAUUUGCCAUGUUUGAUGAGAAUAACAAGAAUCCAGAGUUGGAGAAACAUUUUGGAUUGUUUUCCCCCAACAAGCAGCCAAAAUAUAACCUCAACUUUGGAGUUUCUGAUAGAGUUUGGGACAUUUCUGCUGAAACUAAUACUACUGCUUCUCUCAUAAGUGAGAUGUGAGAAGAUACACUUGAAAUCUCUUUACAUGAGUAAUGCUUGAAUGGAAAGCUUAGCACCAGCAACAAAAUUUAUUUUUAUGCAAAUGUCUUUGUAUGAGACACUAAAUAAUAUUGCUCUGUCUAGUAAGUCCUCAUGGAUUGCUAACCAGAGACGAUGCAACUCUGAGUGGUGUUUUAAAUUCCUUUUCUUUGUGAUAUUUGUAAUUUGGCAAGAAUGUCUUUGUAUGUUUUUAAAUUUCAUACACCAUCAAUUACAUCAUUUCCAUGUUUGAUCAGAA